AUGUCCGGAUCGGACCAAAGCUCAACAUCAGCAUCAACAAGUAUUGCAAGCGAACUACCGCUGGAUGAUGCAGCAGCAGCAUCACCACCACCAGUAAUAGCGAAGAAGAAAUCGUAUGAAACGCAAGACUGCCAGGAAAAUCCAGCUGCGGAACUUCAAAAUCACUUAAGUUCAGGAUCUCAAAAGAAUGAUGCACUUUCGGACGUUAAAGAAAUUAGGGGAAGACAAGAAUCCCCUCCGAACAGUGGAAGCGCCAAGAUCUUAAAAAGUGAAUCUCUGGAAGCUCAAAAAUCACACAGCGCUGAGGAACUGGAUCACGAAAAAGCCAUCGAAAAUACGAAAUAUCUGAAUGGCUCCUCUGGAAAAACAAAAAUCGUUUACAUCAAGAAAAUUGGAAAGGCUGAAAAUAAAGACAUGCAGAGGAUUGUGACGCAGGAAUUUCUUGAAGUGCACGAACCAAACGAUUUACUCGAACAGAACUCUCCGAAAUGCAGUAUCACAACAAAAGAAUCAGCUGCUGAGAGCGGUAUUUCCGUGAAACGGGAGAUCAAAAUUAAGCAGGAGGGAGCACAUGAUGAAAAUGCAGAGCCAAAAAUAUUAGAAAAAAAUUCAAACGGUGGAAUUUUACGAGAACACAUUUCUGGCAGCUCCUGCGAAUCGAAAGCACAUUCCUUGGUCAAUGAACCGGCCCUUCCAUCAGCUAGGAUUUCGGAAAGUAGUCCCAUUUCGAAAGUGAACACCGCAAGCUCUAGGGGUCUUGAAGCGUCUGCUAUCAAAACGAAGGAAGGUUCUCCCGAUCUGGAAGAAAACGUUUCUAGCACUAAAAGUUCAGAAAUACGGACAAUUAGGACUCCGAAAGGAAGUCCGAAUCUGGAAGUAAUUGCUCCCAGUACCAAGAACUCAGAGACACCGACAGUAAAUUCUCUGGAAAGUAGUAAAAAAUUGAAGGGGAAUGUUUGUGGUACUAAAUUCGCAGAUACAUCGGCAAAGUUGUCAAGUGCGGUUACUGCCACUACUCGUAUUACUUCCUCCAAAAGUCCAGAGAUUCCGGAUGAUAGAACUACGUCAAAAAGUUCGGAUUUCUGGAGUGGCAGAACAAAUUCUGAAAGUCCUCUCGGAGUCAACGAUAGCUGGAAAGACGCAACAAUCAAUAUGAAUACUGCUCUGGCUAACACCAGCACUGAGCCGGGCGAAGUGAUCCAUCAUCAUCCGCUCUUUGUGAAAGAUACAUCAAAGUACUGGUACAAGCCCACAAUUUCGAGAGAAGAAGUUUAUUUCCGCAACAGUCAGCAGUAUCCUAGCUAUCAUGGAGAUGAGGGGCGAAUGUGA